AGUGUCCGUGUCCGUGACUGUGCCGGUGCGCGCAGGCGCGGUGGUUACUUGUCGGAGCCGGGGCGAUGGUGGGCGUCGUGUUGUGGAGCGGCCUCUGCUUGGCCUUGCUCCUCCGGGCAGCCGUGGGCGACCACAACUCAUCCGAGUACAGCCAUGGUGCCGCCGCUUCGGUGGUGGUGAUGGCGGGGAGGAGCUGGGAGCCGGCUCGGUGGGGCGGCGAGGACGGGCCCAUGAGCCCGGGGCUGAGGGAAGUGCGGAGCGCAGCGGCCGCUAGCGCCAGCGGGGAGGUGUCCGACAGCGCCGCCGCCGGCUGGAUGAGCGGGGUGGCCGGCGACUGGGAGGUGUCCGACAGCGCCGCCGCCGGCUGGAUGAGCGACGGCUGGGAGGUGCUGCAGGACCAGGCGGUGAGCCAGAUAUGCCGGCAGAUGCUCGUCCACUUCGGGGACGCCUCGUCCGCCCUGGUCCGCUGCGCCGUGAAGAGCGCCCGGCCGGUGCGGAUCUGCGAGAAGUGCAACUCGCACUUCCAUCACUUCUGGGAUGCCUUCGCCAACCUCUCAAAAGAUGCGGGGAAUGAGAGUUGUUCAAGACAACUUUUGAGAUCGGAUCGUUUGCAGAUAGUGCUGAAGACACGUAACUUUCUGCAACAAAUGUGGACUGAUUCCCAGUGUGAUGCCUGCUUAAAUGAAAACAAAACAGCGCCAUCCAUUGAAUCCAUCAUCUUUAAGAAGAUGCUGAAUGAAUCUCUGAAUUGUUUUGAAUUUUAUUCUUCGAAACACCCAGCCCCCAGCAACUAUUCGGAUCUUUGCACUAAAUGUAAAGGUUCUUACAUCAAUUUGACGGAAUGCUACAUUAGAAUGGAAAAGGACAAUAAACUGUGCAUAGACAUCAUUGAUUCAAUGAACCUGACCCGGCAGCUGUGGAGCACAACCUACAACUGCACGGUCCGCUGCAGCGACACAAUCCCAGUCAUCGCCGUGUCAACAUUCCUGCUUUUCCUACCGGUUAUCUUCUAUCUCAGCAGCUUCCUUCACUCUGAGCAGAAGAAAUUGAAACUUAUAGAGCCCAAACGCCUGAAACAUUGCAACAGUAGCAGCAGCAGCAUCGCACAUUGAAAAAAGACUUCCCCAAAAGUUGGCUGAAAUGUCAACAUUGCCCAGCAAUCUGGUUGUGCACGGAGUGGCGGCUGAGGAUUUGCAACAGCUGUAAGAAUUUGCACCCUUACGCCUUCGUUUUAAUUAUUUUAUCAGUGUUUAAGAAAUAAUAUCUACUGAAAAUUUGCACUUUGGAAGUGUUCAGAUGACUCUUUGUGCUUCUACUUGUCGCCGUUUGACCAAAUAAGCUGUUACUGGUGGAAGCAAGGUGCUGGAGAUGCAACAUAAAGCGCCGGAAGAACUCAACAGGCCAGGCAACAUCUGCGGAGGGAAUGCGUAGAAAGGAACUGCAGAUGCUGGUUUAUACCGAAGAUAAACACAAAGUGCUGGAGUCUUCUUCUUGCGUACGGCGUGCACAGCCUAAAGUUGUAGGACAACUUGUUCUAUUUGAUCUUAUAUGAUUGUGCACGCCAGGUUGAUUGCAUUCGUUGAAACAGGGCAGACCACGUGAAGGUUGCAAUCUCCCACCCCAGAGCUGGAGUAACUCAGUGGGUCAGGCAGCAUCUCUAGAGAAAAUGGAUGGAUGACGUUUUGGGUCUGAAGAAGGGUUCCGAGCCAUAACAUCAUCUGUCCAUUUUCUCCUGAGAUGCUGCCUGACCCACUGAGUUACUCCAGCGCUUUGUGUGUGUAUCUGAGGGAAUGGACAGGUGGCGUUUCGGGCGGGUACCCUUCCUUGGUCUGAAGAAGGACUGUGAUCCAAAACGUUGCCUGUCCAUUCCCUCCACAGAUGCUGCCAUCCUGGAUUCCUCCAGCACUCUGUGUUUUGCUCAAGAAUCCAGUGUCUGCAGUUCCACGUAACUCCAAGAUGACUUUAACCAUGACUCAAUGAAAAAAAAAAUUUGUUUCUGCAAUCAUUUUUGUUCUGUUACAGUUGAAUUAAAACCAAAGUGUGGCAGCUUGCUUCUAAUUUAACGCUAAUUUAACGCUAUUUAUAUUGAAAAAUAAAUGUUUUUUUUUACAAUAUAUUUCACUGAGCGUAUUGCAAGCUUUUAAAAUUAUUACCAAUUUAAAUUUUUUUUGACUGAUUAAUACCUUCAAAAAAAAAAAAGCUUUGUGAAACACAGCUGAAUCAAAGCACACUUGAUGUUGUUGCAGACUUGUUUUACUGCCUUCAUUUGAUGCUGCCAUUUAUUUAUCAAUGUUUAAAUGAUGCACUAACUAUGCAAGAAGUCAGGCACUGUAGUUAUCACUGUGAAGCGUUAUUUUAAAAUCCAGCAUCCGGAUUGCUGAAUCUUGUAUUAUUUUCUUCUAUUGAUUAACUUAAAGAUCAAGUAGUGACAAUGAGAUCAUUAUGGUAAAGAUAGAUUCUUUAAAAAAAGAGGUAUACUAAGCCAAGAAAUGGCGUUAAAGUUCAAACAGGUGAACAACAAAUUUAGAAUUGCUGAUGCAGUGUCCAUCACAGGGACCUGAAACUUUUUUUUUGCGAAAGGGUGGCACAUUUUACACAACCGGUCGAGCUGCUGUCUCAGAGUGCCAGAGACCCGGGUUCAAUCCUGACCUCGGGUACCGAGUGUGGAGUUUGCACGUUCUCCCUGCGACCACAUGGGUUACCUCCAGGUGCUCCGGUUUCCUCCCACAUCCCAAAGACGUGCGGGCUUGUAGGAAAAUCCGCCCCUGUAAAUUGUCCCCUGUGAAUGGGUGAGAAAGUGGAAUAACCUAGAUGGGUGGUUGGCGAACACUCAUCAGGCCGAAGUUCACGUGUUGUCGGAGCAGAAUUAGGCCAUUCGGCCCAUCAAGCCCAUUCAAUCAUGGCUGAUCUAUCUUUCCUUCUCAACCCCGUUCUCCUGCCCAUCCGUGACACCUUUACUAAUCACGAACCUGUCCGUCUUUGCCUUAAAAUAUCCAUUGACUUGCCAAUUUUACUGGCAACUGUGGCAAGGGCCUGUUUCCGUGCUGUAUCUUUUGAUCAAUAAAUUGAAUUGUGUGGAGGAGGAGACUGGAAGACCCGAAUAGAUGUAACGUGUGGAUGCAGCAAAGAGCUUAUAUGCUUUUCAUCUUUAUGCAAUCAGGUCUUUUUCUAAAAUUCUAACAUUUUGUUGAAAAAAUGAUGAGAUGAGAAGUUUUGCUUCUGUUCACUGAAUGAGUGGUUUUCGGAUCAUUUUUGAUAUGUAUGAGCCAUUCCAGUAACUUUUCUGAACAAUGUGGUUUGUGUGUGUUUUUCUUUUUUAUUAUUUAAAUGCUCUUCAACGCGUGAAGUUUGUUCUAUUGUUUAAUAUUGAUGUGUUGGAGCAGGUCAGUUCGGUAUAUUUUCAAUUAAAAUGUUUGGAAAAAGA